GCGGUUCCCGCGGGCACGGUCGGUUGUGUGCCCGGAGGCGGUGGCAGGCGGUCACGUAGGUUACGCAAAUCACUCCGCGGCCGGCGGAUCCCGCACUCUGCGCCAUCCCUUGCCGCGGCGCCCCGAGCGGGGUCACCAUGGCGCGAGCCGGCGGCUGGAGGCGCCGCUGACGGCGGGCGCGUGGCACCGAGGCGAGCCCGAGCCGGCGGGGCCCAGAGGCGGCGCUUCCCGCCCACCUCCAGCCGGCAAACUCUGUGCCCCCAAACCCCGGGCCCUCUGCGGGAAUGUUCAAAAAUGAGUACCAGGGAGGUGCAUUUGUUGAAAUUUUUAGUGCUCAGGGGAAAAAUCCUGGAGCAAAAUGGAAGAUCUUUGGUGGUCCAUCCGUGAUUUGGAAAGAGUUUGAUAAAGAAGUUAAAAGUUUUGUAUUUAUCCUGGAAGGCAGCAGCCAGACCAACAGAAUUCAAUUACCGAAGGAGAAUAAGCAAAUCCUUGGACUGAUCCAGAGGUUUCUUGUACUUCAGAUUUACAUACCCCUGGGACAGGACUUCUCCACUGAAUUACUAAUUACUGAUUUAGGAAACAUCAAGAGAAGAUUGUAUUUAUCAACAGUCCAUAAGGAACUGUCCUCAACCCCUCUUCAUGCAAAAAUCCCACUCUUCAUGAUCAAGCGUAAAAUUUGGUGCAAUCUGUGCAUUGACUUGGUUGCAUUCACCAGUGAGAUAUUCAAGGGAGCAGUUUUCCAGUCAUUGGAUGGAAUUAUCGUCUCUGCUAACUGUAAACUACGGAAGAUCUUCACUUUAAAAUCAAAGCCUCAAGAAACUGCUGAUAAAGAUGAUGAACCCACAGAUAUGAUUCCACGAAGCUGUCAACUUACAACUGAUGUUCCUCAUAUCACACAGCUACUAAACAUGACAAAAAUCUGCCAAACUGAAAUAAAAUUUGGAGGUCAUCGCAUACGAUCAGCAGAAUCAGACCAGUUCAUCAACAGAGGGGGAGGCAGCAUCCGGAACAAUAGAAGUCAAGAUGUCUGCCAUAUUGCCUUUGGAUCCAGGGUCCUUGGACCACCACCACUCUCUGGCAGACGGAAUAACCUGAGGCUCUCCAGUGAGACAGUAAGAUCUGUUGGGUACAAAAAUAGCCAAUUGUGCCAGCAGCCUUCAAUAGAGAAGCAUGUUAACACCGCACAAGUGUCAGCCUUGCUGAUACCUGAGUCUGAGCAGCAAGCAGAGAAAGGAAAUAUUCACCAAGUGAAAAAGAUCAUGCCUGGUAAGACAACCUGUCUGCCUAUUCUGUACCCACAUCCCCCUCAACAACCAUCAGCAGGUCAGAGCAACAACAGGAGAGCUCCCUUGAAGAGCGCCAGUGGAGAAAAGAAAGAGGCACACUGUGGUAGUGCCUCAGGAAAUAACUGGAAUGAAGAGGAAGUAGUCGCCACCCUCAACAGCAUCCCGCAGCCAUGGACAGAGCCAGUGACCUCCAGCACUCCAGAACCACAGGCUCCUCACCAGCCAGAUGAGUGGAUAUUUCCUGAAAAUGCUGCUCUGACUUGUGACCCAGCAUGUGGCAGUCAGUCUGUGCUCCUAGAUGGGGACUCAUGCAUUGCUUCCCACCUGUGGCUAGAAACCAGCAAGGACAGUGAAUCUGACCAGGCAGAGGAAACCCAGAUGACUCCCAAGGACGUUUUCACCUUUUCAUCUAGACCAAGAUCAGCACCUCAUGGGAAGAGUGAUGAUAUGUCCCCAAAGGGGUGCCCACUUAUUCUGAACCCCAAAGAGGACAACAGUCUUACAAGGAGAGAUGCCCAGUUGGAAGACGAUUUUUAUGGCACUGACAGCAGCGAAGAGGAAUACAACUGGAGGAACUAUCAGCCCAGCCAAAUGAGUGAAUGUGAGCUACAAAUGCUAGCAAGCCUCCGACGGCAGCAGAAUGAGGACCUGGAAGACACUGGGGCUCCUCAUGGCCUGAGUGCAUCCCAAAUGGACAACUGUAAUGUUAGCAUCAGUACCAGCAGUGAUGACACAACCACAUGGAACUCUUGUCUGCCACCUCCUGUCAACCAGGGUCAUCACUAUCAAACAGAAAUGAAUCCACCUUCUCCUUUGAACCCUCGGGAUGCUGCUUGCUAUUUUACGACCUAUUGGAAAUUUAGGGAGAGGAAGGAAUGGAGUCGAAGACUUCAUAAGGUUGUAAAUGUUUAUGGAAAUAAUACCGAAAACAGUUCUAGAAUCUCCAAGCAGCAGGAAAUGAGACUGGUUGACCAUGCUGAGCCCACCAAUUGUCCCUCCCAGUCAGCAGCCGGCAGAGCAGCCUCUAGAGUCCUCUGCAAGUGCAAGUGUGCAAGGUGAAGAAGACCUGAGUGCAGAGGAAGAUGAGGAAGUGCUGACUCUGUUGUAUGACCCAUGUCUCAACUGCUACUUUGACCCUCAGACUGGGAAAUACUAUGAGUUGGUGUAGCUCCUGCCCCCAGGGCAGAAAGCAGCCACAGCGGAUGGAACAUGACCAUGACAGCAGCAUGACAACCACAGUGGGCACCGUGACCUCUGUGUUGUGCAGGUGGGCCCAAAGAGUCAAAAGAAUUGGAGAGAAGUUCCGUGUGAGUGACGUUCAAUGUUAAGAAUGCCUGCAUUCUCUUUGUAGCUGUGUGUGUGACUUUGAAACUUGUGUAGGAAUUAAACCAGACAACAGAUUUAGGUCCUGAAUUUGCUCUUAGUUGUUCAGUCCCUUCGUCUAAGUCUUAUUAUGUUAUAUAAGCAAAUUAAGAAUUACUCAACUUUCCAGUGUUAAUCUGUAAUAAAUUAUGGCUUGCUACACUACAUAAAGUGCAUUCUUUUUUAAAAGAUGCCUGGAACAUUUUAUAGCUUGUUUGUAUUAAAAUAAAGUGUAGUGGUCAAAAGACCACUUCCUUUUUUUC